CGAUUAUAAGGCUCCGACGCAAUGCGAUACCUUUGUGCAUUACGCUGAUAUUCUUGCAAUUAUGAUGGCUUUGCUUUGGAUUUUGAUGAAAAUUGUGUUUUUUGUAGAAUGGAGAGUAUUUUGGAUCAUAAUAGAGAGCUGCCGUGUGAUUUUUUAACUGAGCUUUAUAAAUGGGCACUCGAAUCUGUCGGAGCUUGGGCUUUGGGAACAAGACUUGGAUGUUUGAAAGAUAAUGAUACUGAUGCCAUGGAAAUUAUAAAGAAUAUCCACGGUUUUUUUCACAGCGUGCCAGAAUUGGAAUUGUCAGCUCCGAUCUGGAGGCUAUACAGAACCAGAGCUUACAAAACAUAUAUUGAAGCUUUAGACUCCUUCAGGAAUCUCUGCUUGAAGAGAUUGACGGAUAAAGGGGUUUGUGCCCAAAUUGCUCUGAAUUCUGGUGAAAAGGUCGCCACUAUUCUGGCUUUGGAUUUGCUACUGGUUGGUGUGGAUACAACAGCGGCAGCUGCGGCAAGUACUAUGUACUUAUUAGCGACUAAUCCCAGGGCUCAAAGGAGAUUACAAACUGAACUAGACAUAAACAUGCCGACUUAUAGAUCAAUGAAUCACAGGGAUUUAAAUAAUCUACCAUAUUUAAAAGCUUGUAUAAAGGAGGCUUUGCGUAUAAAGCCUGUUAUUCUUGGAAAUGGACGCUGCAUACAAUCAGAUACUGUUAUAGCUGGAUAUGAAGUUCCAAAAGGGUCCCAUAUAGUCUUCCCCCACUACGUCAUGUCGAAUGAGGAGCGAUAUUUUCCGUCACCAAACGAAUAUAUUCCCGAGCGUUGGUUACGAGAUGACACCAAUAAGACAGGAACAGUUAUACAAAAUAUUUCCAAUGAGAAACACAUAGAGGCAGACAGAUCGGUCUGUGAACACGCUGGAGUCGCAUCUGUGGUGAAGAAACAAAGGGAUAUUGGGAUACACCCGUUUGCUUCAUUACCAUUCGGUUUCGGAAGACGUAUGUGUAUCGGGAAGAGGUUCGCGGAGGCCGAACUACAGCUUCUAAUCACCAGGGCGUUCCAGAAGUAUAAUGUGUCCUGGUAUCAUGGUGAACUGACUUACAGUGUCACCCCCACAUAUAUACCGAACGAACCGCUGCGAUUCAGAUUGGAUUCCAGGACAAAGAAAUUUACAUAGAAAAUUUUGUAUUCCACUUGUAUUAAAAUUAAAAUAGAUUAAGAUUUUAUGCCUUAAGACCAUAAAUAACAUAAUAUAUGACAGACGAAUAAAUAUUUUAAUUUCGUAGAACAGAAAUUCAAUAAUUUAUCAAAUCAUAUACAGACUCAUUAGUCUAGACUGAUAGUUAUAGAUAUAGAACAUUCUGUCACCAUAUACAAGGGGAAGAGAUUUUAGACGUUAUAUAAUAUAGUAUAUAUAACUCACUAUUUAG